AUGGUACGUCGUUCAGCCUUCUAUAAUUUCGGACAAUAUAUUGGUCUAUCUUCAGGUGGUAUUCAAUCUGCAGUUUUCACCUCAUUAGAUGGAGUUAAUGGAAUGUCUGGAUGGAGAUGGAAUUUUAUCAUUGAUGAAAUUAUAUCUGUUGUUGCUGGUAUUAUUGGUUUCUAUUCAUUAUCUGGCGAUCCACAUAAUUGUUAUUCUAUUUUCUUAACCGAUGAUGAAAUAAGAUUGGCAAGAAAGAGAGUUAGCGAAAAAUAA